AUGGCCAGUUCCAGCGCAGCAAUGCGUUCACCCAUUUCCUGGAAUCGAUUUUUUACUUCUUUAGUUGAACAACGUUACCUAUUCUCCAAGAACAGUCCUGAUCAGAGGACUUUGAGCCAUAACUUUGGGGGCCUUGCUUCUAUAGAAGAUCAGGGCAGUACAUUUCGGAGAGCCUAUUCUACUCGACGAGUUCUGCCAAACGUUCAGGUUUCAGAAGCUGCUUUAAGUCGGGCAAGGAGUCUCCGGGUUCCAAAAAAUAAAUAUCAAAAUCUGGAAGGCUAUCAAGACAUGAAUACUCUUCCUUAUCCCGACGGUGGUCAGAAACCUUACCGACAUUCAUCUGCUAGUCGAUCUCGAGGGAAUUUAAAUCGAUAUAGACAGUCUACUAUCGCGGCCUCGUCUGUCUCCCCUCCGAGUUCCAAUAUGGCACCCCGUCUUUCACCUAAUUUGAAUUUGCGCGUCGAGACGCGACAUCAGCCGAGGUCUGCCAGAACUCUUGAGAAGCCAGAACAAAGAACACGAAGACAGUUGCCUUCAACCGCUUUGGUCUCAAAUAACACAAAGUUGGAUAACAAGGAGGAAAUCGAAAGCAUUGCUUCAACUCUCGAUGAUUUUGACUACUUUUGUAGUAUAUCAUACUCCCCAAAUGGCAAAAUAACGCCAACUUAUCCAAAAGAAUCGACACAAAUGCGACGACAGAGAAUGAAGGGAAUGCGAAGUCAUUCAAUGCUACAUCCUAAUGAAAGCUUUGCCGAUUAUCAGUCUAAUUCAUCGUCAUUAAAUAUUGAAGGAAGUAUUGAGGAUUACCACGUUGACAGAAGAGCAAUCAGUCGGACGCUGACAAAUUAUAAUCAAGAUGUGCUGGAGGAAAUAACCCCGAAGAGGCUAUCUGGAAAUGCCUCAAGAAAUAACUCCUACGUAAGUUUAGCUCAAUGCAGUCGAACAUCAUAUUCUCCCGCUCGGGUUCCAAUUGCACCUCAACCUCCAUCACACAUCGCAUCGGGGAGUGGUGAAAUGCCACUUGGAGCUGCAAUCUCUCAAGAAGCUCUAGACGCCGAUGAUCCUGAUUUAGUUGAAUUCAAAGUCCAAGUUCUUGGCUGGCCGUCUGUUGGCAAGUCAACCAUUUGUCAGAGGCUUGCAAAGCUAAAUGGAGACGAAAAUGAUGAUUUUAAUGAUGAUACUGAAGACGAAUAUCAAGCGCUCUCUGUAAAGGCAACUCUUGAUGGAAAGGUCUUUAACGUAGCAUUUACGGAGACACUUAUUUACGCAGCGGAAGAUUCUAUGAACAUCGAAAUUCAAGAAUGCGUGGACGCUUUUGUAGUGGUUUACGCCAUAGACGACGAAUUCACCUUCGAAUAUGCACGAAGAAUUCUCCUGGCCCUACGAGAUAGCAUCAAGGUGAACUCUCUCCCACCAGCUGGUUUCAUUUUUGUGGGAAACAAGUCGGAUUUGGUUCGAGGUCGUGAGGUUCCCACGGAAGAGGGAAAUCAGUUCGCGACAGCCAUGAAAGCAAAAUUUAUUGAAGUAUCAGCUGUCUUGGACCACAAAAUUCCCGAACUCCUUCUCACAAUCAUCACCCAUUUGAGGGAGCUUGAGGAGGCGAAGGGCCAGCGGCCUAAAGGACCCCCGACAAACGAAAUGUGGGCCACAAGUAGAAAAAUUGCUGUCAAGAUGUCGGCCAAAGGGCUCAUAAGAGGGAGUGACGAAUUUGGGGGUUGCCACAGUUGUACGUCAACUGGACACGGUGGAGGUCAAGUUGGAAUGAGUGCUACUGGAGAUGCAAGAACUGGGAAGAAACCAGCAAAAAAAGAAAUUGUCAAAUUCUUCAAAAAACACUUUUCUAAAUCGAUUGUUGAAGAUUCCGUUGCCGGGAGAGAAAUUUUGGAAUAA